AUGACGGCUCGAAAAGGCACGGCAAAGUUGGAUGAAUUGCUACGCAUUGAAAAGGAAAUCCAAUCUUAUUGGGAUGAAGAAAAGCUAUUUCAAGCAGAUGCUGUUGAUAUUGCAAAAAAAGAGAAAUUCUUCGUUACUUUUCCAUAUCCUUACAUGAACGGAAGACUGCAUCUGGGACACGCCUUCUCGCUUAUGAAAUGUGAAUUUUCCAUUGGAUUUGCCAGAUUAAACGGAAUGGUUACACUGUGGCCUUUUGGUUUCCAUUGCACUGGAACUCCCAUCAAAGCAUCGGCUGAUAAGCUUGUUCAUGAAUGUGAACAGUACGGAUGUCCCCCUGUUUUCCCAAAUCAGGAUUUCGGAAGUGUUCAAGAGUUUUCUGGAGAUGUUGAGGUGGUGAACGAUCCCUCAAAGAGCAAAAAAAGCAAAGCAGCUGCAAAGACAGGCGACCUCAAAUUUCAAUGGCAAAUAAUGGAAAGUCUCGGUCUUUCUUCCUCCGAAAUAGCCAAUUUCAAAGAUCCUUCUUACUGGCUGGCGUAUUUUCCGCAGAAGGCUGUAUCCGACCUCAAAUGUCUCGGUAUCAAGGUUGAUUGGCGUCGAUCCUUCAUUACGACUGAUGCGAAUCCGUUCUACGAUUCGUUCGUCCGAUGGCAGUUUUUGCGUCUAAGGCAGCUUGGCAAAGUUCAGUACGGCAAGCGCUACACUAUCUUUUCUCCAAAGGACAACCAACCUUGCAUGGAUCACGAACGUAGCGUCGGUGAAGGAGUCGGACCUCAAGAGUACACUGUAAUCAAGCUGAAGAUCCUUUCAACUCUUCCGGAUCGUUUGAGAUCCGCUAUCCGUAAAGAGGAACCUGUGUAUCUCGCGGCCGCCACUCUGCGUCCGGAGACAGUGUACGGUCAAACGAACUGUUGGCUUCAUCCCGACAUAGAAUACGUUGCUGUCCGGUCCUUGCGCGAAUCUUGCAUUCUGAUCUGUACCGAACGAGCUGCAACUAAUAUGUCCUAUCAGGGCAUUCUAUAUCCUGAUGAAAUCGGAACAAAGGACAUAGUGGCUCGCCUGAAGGGCUCUGAACUGUUCGGCCUGAAAAUUCUAGCACCGUUCUCAAUCCAUGUGGGUGGCGUUUACAUUCUGCCAAUGAUGUCCAUUCGAGAGAACAAGGGUACCGGAGUGGUUAUCAGUGUGCCGAGCGAUUCCCCCGAUGAUUGCGCUGUUCUGCGCGAUCUGCUGAAUAAACCGACUUUACGCCAGAAGUAUGGUAUAUCGGAAGACAUGGUCGUGCCAUUUAAGCCAGUUGAAAUAAUCGAAACGCCCGGUUUCGGUCACUUGGCAGCGGUAUCCGUGGUGGAUGAGAUGAGAAUUAAAAGCCAGAAUGAUACGGAAUUGUUGAACGAGGCGAAAGAAAAGGUGUACCGCGCAGCAUUCUAUGGUGGAACUAUGCUCGUCGGUGACUAUAAGGGUACCAGCGUACAGUCUGCCAAGAAGAAAAUACAAGCGGAUCUGGUGAAUAAAGGCUAUGCCUUCGUUUACUAUGAACCCGAACGUACAGUCAUUACUCGGAGUGGCGAUGAGGCUGUGGUUGCUUUGUGCGACCAGUGGUAUUUGGAUUACGGAGAAGAAAAUUGGCGGAAGAUUACUACCACGGCGUUGGAACAAAUGACACUUACUGAGGAGGUCAGACGAGGAUUUGAAGCCACAUUGGAUUGGCUUCACGAACAUGCCUGCUCACGUACCUACGGCCUCGGUUCUCAUUUGCCUUGGGAUGACUCGUGGCUGAUCGAAUCACUUUCCGAUUCGACCAUCUACAUGUCCUACUAUACGGUGGCACACUUGCUGCAAGGUGGCGAUCUCUUUGGCAACAGGCCAGGUCCGUAUGGCAUUCGACCCGAACACAUCACUCCGGAAGUGUGGGAUUACGUCUUAUUAGGAAAAGGUGACCCUGCGCGUAUCAUCGCAGAGCAGCACACAUCCUCAUUGACUGUACCAUUGUUGAAGCGUAUGCGCGAAGAAUUUCUCUUCUGGUACCCGGUCGACUUGCGUUGCAGUGGGAAGGAUCUAAUACAAAAUCAUUUAACAUACUACUUGUACAAUCACACCGCUAUCUGGCCAAAUGAGCCAAAUUUGUGGCCUCGCUCUGUUCUAACUAAUGGACAUCUGCUUUUGAACUCUGCCAAGAUGUCCAAGUCCACCGGAAAUUUCCUAACUGCUGCUGAUGCAGUCGAAAAAUACUCCGCAGAUGGCGUUCGUCUAGCCUUAGCCGAUGCUGGUGAUUCACUAGAUGACGCCAAUGUGAAGGAGGAUAUGGCCGAGGCUGGUCUUUUGCGCCUGUACAACCUACUCGAUUGGAUCACACAAACGUUGAAAAGCAUCGCCACCGAAUCAGAGUCCGGAUUUCGAACAGGGCCAGAGCGUACGCAUGCUGAUUUGAUCUUUCGGAAUGAUAUGAUCAGGACAAUUGAAUUGGCUGGCAAGUUCUACGCUGCACAUCAAUACAAAGAAGUCCUCAAAGUUGUUUUCUACGAAUUUCAGACCCAUCGCGACAGGUACCGAGAAGUGAGCCAGGGGUCGGUGCAUCGUGAUCUCAUCUGCGAGUACAUCUUGCUUCAAACCGUAUUGCUCAGCCCGAUUUGUUCUCAUAUAUGCGAACAUAUUUGGCGGAAUUUGCUACAUGAGAAGAAAUCUAUUUUCCAAUCGAGUUGGCCAAAAAUACCGUGCCCGGUGGACGACCUUCUGACUUUACAAGGUCGUUACCUGGAUGAGUCGGCCCAUCAAUUCAGACUGCAACUUGCACGUCAUUCGUCCAAGACCUCCAAAUCGCAGAAGUCUGGACCCAGUUCUAACUCGGUGAACGAAUUCGCUCCAUCGGAAGCCACCAUUUGGGUUGUGAAGGAGUAUCCUGCGUGGCAGUCGCUCAUCCUCCAAGUGCUACGGGACAAUCUAAUAGAGGACGGGUGUGCUCUGCCCGACAACGCUGUUCUGGCACGAGCUCUUCGUCCGCAUCUGAGUCAAAUGGGCAAGGCAGCCAAGCGCGCAAUGCCUUUCGUCCAACUUGUCCGGGAACGCUUCGAUUCACGAGGCGUUCGUGCCUUACAGCCCAACUUAGAGGUAGACGAAUACGACGUACUUCAACAGAAUAAACCGUAUCUGAUAGCCACACUUGGGCUUCGUGCGCCUGAUGGGUUGAAAAUCCGUUAUGCGACAGACACCACUGAUGCUCGUAUACUGGACACAGUGUCUCCACUUAACCCAAUCAUAGAAUUUCACGUACCCCCGCCUUCCGUCCCCAUGCAGUUCAUCAAUCCAGACGUCGGCUCCGGUCUAUUCUCCGUUUCUGGUGUGCCAGUAUGCGACGGUGAUUCACCCACAGAGUUGGCCUCUCGCUUGCUUCUUGUCUGCAACACUUCAAUGCCAGCUUCCAGAGAGCUGCGGAGUCUGGUUUUCUACCGAUUUGUCAAUCCUGAAUCCGAUCCAUUCCGAAUUCCGCCCUAUCCAGCGGAUUGUCUCAGGGUAAUCGACCCUUCGGAUCGAUUUAUGGUGGAUCCGAAAACCUCAUCAGUGAUGCUCAACUCGUCAGGAACCCCGGUAUCCGUUGGUGACAGACUCAUCUAUCGCGCUGGCUAAUGAGCCGAAAUUCCACUUAUAGAUUUUGUGUUACAUUACGUUGGCUCGCCCAAAAUAAACCGGUGCGAUUUUGUAAACGGAA